CAGCGGUGGCUCCUCAGUGGCCGCCUCGCACCAGCUGGAGAUGGAGCUGUGGUGGGGCCUCACGCUCCUUUUAUCCCUCAUAGCCGCGGGCCGCUGCCAAAAGCCCCACAAACGAUUCGAAUACAAGUACAGCUUCAAGGGACCCUACCUGGCACAGAAGGACAACCAGGUUCCCUUCUGGCACUACAGCGGGAAUGCCAUAGCCAGUGAGGAGAGUGUUCGCAUCACGCCAUCUCUUCGGAGCCAGAAGGGGCAGAUAUGGACCAAAACAACCAGUUUCGAGUGGUAGGUGGAUUUUGUCUUCCGCCUGACAGGCAGAGGUAGAAUUGGAGCAGAUGGUUUGGCCCUGUGGUUCACUGACAAGCCUGGGGUUGAGGGUCCUGUGUUUGGUAGCUCAGACAAGUGGAAUGGCCUCGGAGUCUUCUUUGACUCCUUUGAUAAUGACAACAAGAGGAACAAUCCUUAUGUGAUGGCCAUGGUGAAUGAUGGCACAAAGGUUUAUGACCAUGAACAUGAUGGCCUCAGCCAGCAGCUUGGGGGUUGUCUUCGAGAUUUCAGGAACAAGCCUUUCCCAGUCAGGGCAAAGCUGGAGUAUUACCACAACAUUCUGACACUGAUGAUCCACAGCGGCAUGACUAACAACGAUAAGGACUAUGAGAUCUGUAUGCGAGCAGAAAAUGUACAUCUACCUCCCUCUGGUCACUUUGGAGUGUCCGCAGCCACUGGAGGACUGGCUGAUGACCAUGACGUGCUCAAGUUCCUGGUGUCCUCAUUACGUUCCCAAGAAGAAAUGGCUCUCUUGCAAGUCAACCAGGAAGAGGAGGAGAAGUUCCAGCAGGAGUUCCAGGAAUAUCAGGAGAAAACCAAAAAGGCACGAGACGAGUACAUUGCACUAAAUCCUGAUGCAGAGAAGAAAGAAGAGGAAUAUGAAUCGUGGGAACAACGGGAACUACGACAAAUCUUUGUGGGACAGAGCCAGAUUCAUGAGGUCAUAAGACAGCUUCAUAUGAAGAUGGAUGAAAUCAUUGGUCGACAAGAACGGACCCUUGGCCUGGUGUCAGCUGUCCACUCAGGGAUGGGGGGACAGGUAGCACCAGUAGGGCAGGUGCCACCCGCACAACCUGUGGGUGGACUGCCAGGAGACACCAUCCGCCGACAUGAAGUUGAUUCCAUUCUGAACAACCAACGUGACAUCGUCCAGACUGCUCGAGACAUCAAGACCUUCGUCACAGAGAUCCAUCAGAAGAGCAACCAACUACUGGGUAACAGCCAGAAGCCACAGGGGUCUGUACAACCAGUGGGCUAUGACUUGCAUGUCACCCUUAAUGAGAUGAAGGAAGGUCUCAACAUCGUUAAGAGAGACUUGGGAACAGCCAACCAGAGACUGUCUGGAGGGCUAGGCGGGGGCGCGGGAUGUCCAUCUGUCAGCUGUGUGUCAACAACCAUAUUUAUCACCUUCAUGGUUCUACAGAUUGUGUUACUUAUUGGCUACAUCAUGUACAGAGAUAGUAAGGAGGCCCAGGCUAAGAAGUUCUACUGAGCUCUGGUGGCUUGUGAAGCUCUGAGAGUUUGAUAUCUCAGGAGCACAAAAGAUUUCUUCCAAAAUAUUUUUAGAUGGCUAAUCAUUUUGUAGAGUAUUUUAAAGUUUUAUGGUGGAAAUGAUUUUUAGGCAUUUAUUUUUUUAUUGCCAGGGGAGUUGGUAUAUUGUGUUACUGUAACUAAAAAGUAUUGUGAGAUCUGAAUCUAUGAGAUUGUUGUCAGUGUGAUCCAGCUCCUCAAAUAACAUAGCUCAUUAAUAAUGAUCUUUUUUUAUAUAAUUUGUAUAAAAGCAUUGAAGCAAGGACUCGCCAAAUUUAUUGCACUUUAUCUUGUGACUUUUAACAGUUGCUGUGAAAUGAUAAUUUAUCACAUUUAAAAUUGUUCUCUAAUUGUAUGAAGUCAUGUU